CCGUAUACGUUUUUAAUGUUUGCUUAUCAUCUACUUCAUGGACUUUGAAACGCAAAAACGUUCGAAAACUAGCAGGGUUUCACAGAGCACUGGUUCCUCUUCUCACUUCCUCAAUCUGGGUCUGUGUUCCUCCGGGUUUGAUUUGACAUACAAUAUUAUAAUCUCUCUCUCUAGUGUUAUACCCAAUGCUAAUAAACAGGUAUCAGGUAUUUCAGGUAUAAUUAUGACACAUUUCACGACACUUUUGUGGCAUGAUGCACUGAAAGAAAAGGUACGAGGGAUAGAAAAAAACAAUGGAGGGAGAAUGUGAAUAUACGUAUGUAUACAAAUAUUUCUAAUAUGUAAUAUUCAAUAAUAGUACCUGACAGAAGCUUUUGUACGGUUAGCAAUACAUAAAAUGGUUACUCUGCUGAAAGUUGACUCAAGCACAAGUAAAAUAUAGAUAUAAAAAGUUACUAAAACAGUACAAGGAAAUAAAGUUACUUUUAAGGCUGGUCUUCUGUGUACUGUACGUCUCGAAGCCGGUUCUAUUGAAGUACUGUAAGGCCAUUAAUUUAUUUAUUUCCUUUUUUUUAAGUUUUCAAUUCAAUGAAGGAUAUGAUGCAAAUGUAUCUGGGUAUAGUACUUGUGUGUGGGGAAAAAAUGCUCAAAAUAAAGCAAUGCGAGUAAACGGAAUGAAUCGGGAAGUAGUCUUGUUCAACACUACAACUCCCACAAUGCACCGCCAGCAGAACCGCCACAUUCUUGGUCGACUUGCUCACUUCACACACACGGCGAAUAUCGAACAUAACUGGGUUGAAUUUUGGGACUCCGUCAAGCGUCAAUAAUCAUUUUUUCCACGCGCGAAUUUGUGUCCUAUUGUGUUUGUUCCCCUUUCUCUGUCGACAUGGGCAAUGGAAUCAAUAAGCUGUCCACUCAGCUGCUGUAACCCCAACCACAACAAUGAUGCCUUCAGAGUCUCUUGUCACCCUACAGGUCCUGCCUUACUUAUAUUUGGGGAAUUUCAGAGAUGCGAGGGACAGAGAACAGUUAGCCAGGAACAACAUCACCCACAUCCUGUCCAUUCAUGACAGUGCGGCACCCAUCCUCCAGGAGAUGACCUAUCUCUGCAUUUCAGCGGCCGACCUGCCCACACAAAACCUGACUCAGCACUUUAAGCAAAGUAUCAUGUUCAUGCAUGAGUCCCGACUAAAAGGAGAAGGGUGCCUGGUUCACUGUCUGGCUGGUGUGUCCCGCAGCGUCACCCUGGUGGUGGCCUACAUUAUGACAGUGACGAGACUGGGCUGGAAGGAAGCUCUGGCUGCUGUGAGGGUGGUCCGUCCCUCUGCUGGUCCUAAUCUAGGCUUCCAGCACCAGCUGCAAGAGUUUGAGACAACUCAACUUGAUGAAUUGAGAGAGUGGCUUCAUAAGGAAUACAAGGACAACACUUUUAAUGAUGAGGCUGAUAUACGGGACCUUCUUGCCAGAGCCUCUAAAAUCAAUGCAGAGAAGGAAAAAACCCAGGAAUCGACCCCACAGGAAGCCCUUUAAGGUCUUU